AUGGGGGAUUGGAAUUUUCUAGGGGGGAUAUUGGAGGAGGUGCAUAUCCACUCCACUAUGGUGGGAAAGAUCUGGCUCACCAUCCUAUUCAUCUUCCGCAUGCUGGUGUUGGGUGUGGCGGCCGAGGACGUGUGGAACGAUGAGCAGGCCGACUUCAUCUGCAACACGGAGCAGCCCGGGUGCAGGAACGUCUGCUACGACCUGGCUUUCCCCAUCUCCCUCAUCCGCUUCUGGGUCCUUCAGGUCAUCUUUGUCUCAUCGCCCUCGCUGGUGUACAUGGGCCAUGCUCUCUACCGCCUCCGAGCCCUGGAGAAGGAGCGGCAGAAAAAGAAGGUCCUGCUGCGUCGCGAGCUGGAGCUGGUAGACGUGGAGAUGGUGGCAGCUCGGAAAACGAUUGAGCGAGAGGUGAGGCAACUGGAGCAAGGCAAGCUCAACAAGGCUCCGCUGUCAGGGUCCCUGCUGCGCACCUACGUGGCCCACAUCAUUACCCGCUCCGCCGUGGAGGUAGGCUUUAUAACGGGCCAGUACAUCCUCUAUGGCUUCCAGCUCUCCCCUCUCUUCAAGUGCGAGCGUGAGCCUUGCCCCAACGCGGUGGACUGCUUCGUCUCCCGGCCCACAGAGAAGAGUGUCUUCAUGGUCUUUAUGCAAUGCAUCGCAGUAGUCUCCCUCUUCCUAAACAUCUUGGAGAUCAUGCACCUGGGCUACAAGAAGGUCAAGAAGGGCAUCCUGGAUUACUAUCCACACCUGCAAGACGAGCUUGACGACUUCUACUCAAGCAAAACCAAGAAAGACUCUGUGGUGCAUCAGACAGGCAUUGCUUCCUCCGGCUGCAAGCCCACCAUGGCCUCCGCGCCCAGUGGCUACAACCUCCUACUGGAGCGGGCCCAGGACGGUCACACCUACCCCUCCCUUAUCAACCCCUCUGCCUUCCUCCCUGUUCAGGGUGAACUGGCUGGUAAACAGAGUGUGGAAGAACUAAAAAAUGCUGCACAUAGCCUGACAGAGCACAACUCCAACUCCAAUAACACCAGCAGUGACAGCCGCUCACCGCCCUGCGACUCACUGACCCCGCCAAAGCAGGAGGAGCCUGCAGACUCUCCCAUGCGCCCAAGGAACGCAUCUCACGCUUCCUCCUGCCCGACAUUGCUAGUAGGUGCCGGAAGGAAAACAUGGAGGGUCAAUGCUCCCUCAAAUUGUUCCACAGUGGUGGAAGGCAAAAGCUCAGACACAGAUUCUUAUGGGGGUGCUAAGGCCAGUGGUGGGUACCAAGCCCGGACUGCAUCGGAACCCAAAAUGUGUCCCUCCACCCCAGACUCACUGGAGGAAUCAAGUUCAGGGUCACAGCAUAGUCCGAGACCACCCUCUUCCAGUCGCCGACCAUCAUCCACAAGCAACGCAAGCAGUAGGCGAGCCCCCACAGAUUUACAAGUUUGA